GGUGCGUGCAAUAACACCCAUAACUACUGUGACUAUUGGGCUACAAAAGGAGAGUGUCAAAAGAGUUAUUUUUGGAUGCUCCAGAACUGCCCUAUGAGCUGUAACGUUUGUUCAAGAACGGUUGGUAAGUUUCUUUAGUAGAUUGGUUUUGUUGGUCGCCGUCGUCGAAAUUAUCAUCAUAAUCUAUUCAACAGCUAUCAUUUGGGACCGUUAGAUUGCACUACGAGUGCGAUUUUGAAUACGAAUACAAGUUUCUUAACUUAGUUCGUGUGCCUUUAAAAGUCAACUCCCAACUGAUAAGCAAAUUGAAAGAGUAUCAUCAUCAUCAUCAUCAUCAUCAUCGUCAUCAUUAUUUUAAUUGUCAUCAUCAUCAUCAUCAUCAUCAACAUCAUCACCACUUCUAGCAUUACCAUCAUCAGAUUAUGAGUGACAACAUCACAAUGGCCUCACAGAUAUAUAAAACCCAAUGGACUUGUUCAAGUUAUAUUAGGUACCAAAUCAGAAAGCUUUUCAGCGAAAUUAGUACAGGUAAUAGCCUGAUUUGUAGCGAUAUUUGGCAUAAAUACCACGAGUGAUAUUUCGAAAUUGUUAUACGUAAUUUCACGAGCCGUUAGGCGAGUGAAAUUUGAGACAAUUUUGAGUUAUCACGAGAGGUAUUUAUGCCAAAUAUCACGUACAAAUCAUGCUAUUAUUUGUUUAUACUACUACCCGCAAAAGGUCUGUAAUUUUCACAUGUAGGUAAUUCAAAUUAAGCUGAAAUACCACUGCUCUAAGCCAAUCAAAUUGCAGUAAUUUUUCAUGUAGUAGUAUAAAGGGCAUAAUUCAUUAACUUAAUGGCUAUCUGUACCUUGACAUAACGCAAUUGUAUAUUACAUAAUUUUGACUGACUACUUUUUAUGCUUUCAUUGUAUCUAGCUUCUUUUGACCUGUGGUUUUACUAACAUUGCAUCUGUCAUUGGAAUCUUUCAUAGCGUGUGUCAAUAUUUAUAACGAUGCUUACUGCCAUCUUCAUAUUCGGAACUGCUGGGUUCAAUCAUAUGCUGCUAAACUGAUUAAAAACUGCAGGAAGACUUGCUUGUGCGGCUGCUGUUCUGCCAUUCCUGCAACUACUUCGCCAAAGGCAACCAUAACAACGGCAACAACAACAACAACAACAACAACAACAUCAGACACGUCAACAAAACUCGAAACUUUGCCUCAGACAAAGACGUACAGAAUUGUUCACAGGAGGACAACUGACGUCACUGCAAUGACGUCACUUGGUACCCAUUCUCCCUCUCAUUCAGGAGGUAGUUUGUUUGAACUCAUAAAAAAUCAUAAGAUUUUGUUAGUGCAAACAACUGUAAGCGGCUUAUAAAAUGAAAAGAAUAGAAAUAAACUGUAUAAUAAGAAGGUUUCAAGGGCAAGGGGCACCCAACGACUGUUUUCUGUAAAAUGUAUGUUCGGAGAAGCAAAUAUUGCCUAGAAUUUUCUAUUGCUUAAAUGUGGCUAAAAAUUUCUAGAUGAGCGUUCCAUUCUAAAGGUACAAUUUUCGAAGCUUAUCUAAAAAAUUCCCUACGAUUUUCUGAAGCUCUAUUUUUCACAUUUUACUCCCAUUGUUAGGCUAAUUUUCGAAGAAAAAGGAACCUAAAAUUUCGGAUUCAAGAAUAUGAGGGAGGGAGGAAUAAGAAAAAACUCUCACUUUCGUGAAACGUUCAGUUGCAUCUAAACUUUUCGGGAAAAUAACACUGAAGCCGUUGAAAUUUCGAAAAGCCUCAAGCUCCCCUAGGAUGACCGAACAGAUAUAAAUUUUAUAGCGCCGCCUACUAGAAUGCAUUUCUAGAGAUCUAAGAUUACUCUGGAUAGCCUAAAAAGACUUUUCAAUGCACUGUUAGAAAAACCGUCAUUGGAAACAAUGAAGAUAGCACUUGCUGCAACAACUUUGCCUGGUUUAAUGGAUUAGCAACUUUGGGUCGUAUCAGUUAGUCAAGGAUAGUCCUUGUAUCCCAUCAAUUUUUUUAUUGCCAGUCCUAUCCCAACUAUCUUAGCAAUAGUCAAGUCAUUCACGGUAAGGCUUAAUUUGUAUUAUCAAGACGGAAUUUAUGCUUAACACGUUUCGACCCUUUCUGUUUUGUUUAUUUUCAGCUGCAAACGAUACUUCACAGACUUCACCUUUUACAAGAGUGGAUACCAAUGAGGAUAGUACAAAGGUUGCUUACGACUGUUAACGUUCUUUUAAAUAUUAAUAGAAUUUUUGAAACCUUAAGGACGGGCUCGUUAUAUAUUUUCUAAGGCAUAAGAGAUGACAACGUCUACAAGUCAUUUAUUGCCGAAUCAUGAGUGCGUUUUAUCAUCCUAAAACUAAAACGAAGAAUCUACUUCUGUGGAUCUGUGCGCAAUCGCAUAAGUUCGUUGAGGCACACAAAAGAGCCAUGCAGUUAGAUCUCAAAACAAAUACAUGUAGCCAGCCCUGAGCGAGAGAAAAUAAAUGCAAGCUUACCCACUUCAUUUCACCUCUGAUUGGUUGAAUAAAACGGGGCAAGAUAUUUUUUAGCCAAUCGGGAAACACAGCAAGGAACUUUUCCAACCAAACACUGCUUUGUUUCGACUCAUUUUUUUUUUUGUCAAAUUUCAGGACUCACUGGAGAGAAUAGGAAGCAGCAGGCUCGAUACUUUGUUGUUGUCUGUCAUUAUUGCUAGUGCUGUCGUUGUUGUUGGUAUUCUGGCGCUUCUCUUGUUUUGCUUUUGGAGAAAAAAGAACACGUAAGUGUUUACUUCUUUUGGUUGUUCCUUUUCCCACCCAUCCAUCCAUCCAUCCAUCCAUCCAUUCAUCCACAUCCAUCCAGUCCAUCCGUCCGUCCGUCCGUCCGUCUAUCCAUUUGUUCUUAAUCUCAAUUUCAUUUUUUUUCCUUUCGCGGUUUUCCCCUCUUUUUUGUUCUUUCAACUCUGUGUUCUGUUUCACGUAUUCAGACCAGUCACCUUUUCCUUCCUUUCUUCCUUCAGCGGAAGCUUAGAUCAACAAAAGAAGUCAUCUCUACCCACAGGUUUGAUGUUUUCGCUGUUGUUGUUAACAUAUGCCCACCCGCCAAAUUAAGAGAACAUGAUUUUCAGGUUAAAUUAUAUUAGCCCCCCUCCCUAACCACUACCCCUUUAUAUAAGGGGUGGUUAGGUGAAAUUGCUUUUCGUUUUUUGGAAUUUCUGACAUACGCGCUAUAAAAUGGUCAAAUUUUGUCUUUUCGUAGUUCCUCCAGCAUUACCUGACCACGAGUCCAUUCCAAAGUCGCCCCUGUAUCAUGUGCUAGAAGGACCUAACGACCUCACCACAAAUGAAACCCAAGAAUUGUCGGCUCACACCGAAAGCUCACCGAAGCGUUUCCGAUCAGACUCCGACUACGACGAACCUUCCGACCGAGCAGCACUACCCGUGGUUGGUUUAGCAGUAAAUGCAAAGAAAAAUGAUACUCAAUCCGAGAUUAUCGAUAAAAAUCGUAUUCCCAGGCGAAUCAUAAAUGGCCAACAAGCUUUAGAAAAUAGUGUUGAGUAUUCCUGUAGUUACAGCGUAGCUAACGAGGACCUUUCCAUAGAAGUUAGUAAAAAGAAUCAACAAGAAGUCCCUAAUAGGCAGGAUCCCAGGUAUCACGUUUUAGAAAGGCCCGAUACUCAAUACCAGGGACUUGAGAGAGAAACCAGGGACGAUUCCUAUGAACAGAUGAGGGUCCUUAAUCCUAGUGAUUACCAAGCCUUAGACGAGACGACACAAUCGUUAUAUCAUCCGCUCAAGAAGAACGAUAAAUCAUCUAAAAAGUAA